AUGGCGAACCCGAAGACUACUCAAGGUAGCAAGUCAAGCACCAUGAGGAUCCGAACACAGGACUUCAUCGCGCACGAAAGCUCCCUCACUUCCCGUUCAGAGUUCUUCCGCCGCGCCAUGAAUGGCAACUGGCAGGAGGCAGAUACAAGAGUCAUCAAUUUCCCCGACGAUGAACCGGACACUUUCGCCCUCUACAUCAGCUACGUCUACAUUGGUGGAUUAUCUGUCAUCAGCAAGACCGCACAAGAGUUGAGGAUGCUUGACAAGGUCGAAUUCAGAGUACGUUUCGUCACUGACCUGUGGACUGCGGUUUCAAUCACAAGCAUCUUCGAUCAAUUCCAACUUCUCCACAAGGACUUCACAAAAGAUCUAGGCGAAUCGAUUGCUAAGGCCCGCGCUGCGCACCUGGGGAACAUACCAAAGAAGAAGGGCAUUGAUACGUAUUACGAAAAUAUCGAGCAAGACUAG